GUCAUGUUGCGGUCGGAUUGGAUGAACACGUUCAUGUACUUCACCCGUCUGUGCACCGUCGUAAGCUGUAUAUGCUUCAUCCUGGCGCCAUUAAUUGCCAGUCUUGGUGCUGCCGGUCCGGCUGUUUGGUACCAAAGAGCUCUAAUAGCCAACGCAGCCACCUCAGCACUCCGACUGCGCCAGCGUAUCAUGCAGUCUGGUGGCCAGAUCCGAUUCUCAAUGGAAUCCGUGCGCACUCUUUUAGCCGAAGAUUCCCUCCACUACCUCAUCUUCUCCAUGUUAUUUGUGAUGUUGCCUCCCGUAACUGUUGCGCUGGUUCCCGUCUUUUGCUUCGCCCUGCUUCACUCGGCCAGCUUCACUGAAAACCUUCUGCGGGUACGUUCUGUAUUCCUUGUUGACGCAGAUUUAACAGGAUCUCGGUCCUCUGAAAUCAUGCUUAUGGGCGUGACGAUUUUUAUGGCUUUCUCGGGCCCUAACUCCCUCUUCCUGCCUUUCCUCUACUUCCAAUUUCUCAAGCUGCGCUAUGCAUCCCGUCGAAAUCCUUUCUGCCGGCAAACCUUCUAUGAACUGCGAAUUCUCCUGCAACAGUUUGCCGCCAACUCUUCAUGUCCCGCAUUCCUCUCUCGGUUUAUCUACAGGUUCAUUGACUUCCUCUCGAAGCUGAGUCCACCAGUAGCAUCAGGCUAA